AUGAGUGACUAGGAUUCUGGUUUUCAUUUUCCAAAGCCAGUUCAAAAUCAAAUAGAAAUCGCUAAUAGAACAUAUAGUGAAAUCCUAAUGGAACAGAUUGUAAACGAUGAUGACUUCUUAUAUCAAUCCAUGAUAGAUGAUGAUCAAUAUUCUAGAGCCAAAGUAAUUCCUACAAUGGCUAAUUAAACUAUUAUAUGCAGAAAUACAAUAGAAAUGAAGAGAUAAUAACCAAAUAUAUUUUAAAGAUGUUUUGGAGGAAAGAAAUCUUAAAAUAAGGUUACAAUGGCCUAGAUCAUUGAUCUUAGAUAAAAAGAAUUAUUUAAUGAUUAUGUAUAUGAGACUGAAAAAGAGGGAUUUCUAAAAGAUGUCUAAAAGUACAUUCAUAAAGUCAAAGUUCUUGAACCAGAUUCUUAAUUUUAUAUAUUUUGGUAGGUAUUAAAUAGUGUGUUAGUAAUCAUAUUCUUCUUUUAAAUACCUUUUGUUUUUGCAUAUCAACCUCUUAUACUAGAGAAUAAAUCAAUUGACUAUUAAAACUAUUAGAUUUUUGAAACAUAUACAUUAAAUUUAGGAUUAGUAAUAUUUAUUAUUGAUAUUGCUCUUACUUUUAAUAUUGCUUAUUACAAAUAAGGAUAUUUAGUUAGUGGUAGAAAACAAAUUGCAUUAAACUAUUUAAGAACUUAUCUUAUCUUAGAUUUGAUACCAUUAUGUUGUUUAAUUGAAUAUCGUACAUUUCUUCAUUAUAAUAGAUAUUUUGGAUUUGAAAUAUUUUUAUUCAUUCUUAAAAUUUACGAAGUCUUUAAAACUAGUAAAAUGAUAUAAGAAUAUCUAUAAUUAGAACCUUCAAAAUUAGCAAAAUAUAGAUUUUUAGUUGUUAUGUUGACUAUUACAUGGUUAUGUCAUUUAUUUGCUUGUGUAUUUUUUUUUAUUGGAAGAAGGGAAUUAAAAAAAGGAUAUGACAGUGCAUCUUGGUUAAGUGAAAGUGAUUUAAUAACAAUGCAUGGUGGAUAUACUACAUUAUAACAACACAUAUUUGAAUUACAUUUAUAUUCAUUUUAUUGGGCAGUUACUACUAUGAUAUCAGUUGGAUAUGGAGAUGUGACUCCAAAAAAUGCUUGGGAAGUUGUUGUUACUGUAGUGACAUAAUUUAUCUCUUGUAUUGUUUUUGCUUAUUCUGUUAAUGCAAUUUGGGAAAUGAUUAAUUAAUAGAAUGAAAAUAAAUAGAAAUUUCAGUAUUUCUUAAAACAUUAUUUAUUCUAGAAAAUAUGUUAAUGCAAUUGAAAGAUUCAUGAGAGAACACAAUGUAGAUAGAAAAUUAAAAGCUAGAAUUGAAGCCUACUUAUAUCAUCUAUGGGAAACAGAAAAAGCAAGAGAUCAUGAAUUAGAAUAAGCCAUGAUAUUAAAAUUAGCUCCUGCUCUUAAAGAAGAAUUAAUUUAUUAAACUUUAGGCAAAAUGUUCAAUCAUAAUCAAUUCUUUAGUUAAUUUUAAUAAGAUCUAUUAAUUGAAUUAGCAUAAGAUAUUUAAUAAUAAUAUUAUUCUUAAGAAGAAGUGAUAUUUCAAGAGAGAGAAGAAAUAGAUGAUUUUCCAGUCUUCUUUUUAACAAAGGGUUCUGUAGAAAUAUAUUUAGAUAGUGAAAAGAGAAUAAAAUUACAUAUUAUGAAAUAAGGAAUAUUUGGAAUAGUUGCAUUUAUUACUGGUUAUAAAAGAACAGCUUCUGCUCGUUGUUUAACAUAUUCAGUUAUAUAUAAAUUAUCUAGAAUUUAAUUUUUAAAAAGAUUAGAGAAAUAUUCAAUAGAUAAAUAGAAAUUCUUUGAAAUCCGACAUCAAGUUCUAUUUAAUAAUAAUUAUGUUAAAUAUUAAUUAAAAUGUUAUAUUUGUGAAAGUAAAAAACAUUUAGCUAUUAAUUGUAAAAAGACUUUGUAUAUACCUGAAAAAAUUUCAAUUAUUUUAGAGACUUACAAUUUUAAGAAUCCUAGAAAUCCAACAUAUUAAAGAAGAGUAGUUAAAUAAUAGUUUAAAGCUCUAUCUCAUAUAAAGGAAGUUUAAUUUAAUGCUGUUGCUAUUAAAAAGUACUUCUAAAAUAUCACAUUUACUUAAAAUUCAAGUGAUGAAGAUAUAGAAUAUAGUUCAGAUGUAGAUGAUUAUGAAGAGGAAAUGGAAGAUAUUAAAAAGAUAGUUGAAUAAGAGAAAGAAAAAGCAUAAUUAAGAAAAAGAGGAUAAUGGAUAGCUGAUGAUGAUUAUGAAAUGAAGAUUGAUGAAUGUAAAGAUCAUCAUAGUGUAGAAUUAUCUGAUGGAUUUAGAAAGUCUUAACAUUUAAUUAAACAUUCUGAUGAGGAAAUCAAAAAGAAAUCAAAUGAUCAUAAAAAAAAGAAAUUCGAAAGUUUUGUUAAAUUAUAAAAAUUUAGGAAUGUUAGAACAUCAUCUAUGUCUAGUUUAACUCCUAUUUAAGAAUAAGUUAAGAAACCAUCUUUAGUAAAAAAAGACAAAGAUAAAAAUUAAAUAAUACCAAAUAAUUAUUUAGCAUAAAGAAAGAAGAGUAAAUUAUUAUUAUAAAAUGAAAUUCAAUUAUGUGAUAAAUCAUAAUAAAUACAUUAAUCAAAUGAAAAAUUAGAUAAAGUAUAAUCACCUGAUCGAUAUAUUUAUUAUGAAUCUAAAAAAAGUGAACUUAUAAGAAAAAUGAAAUUACUUUAAAUAGCUUAACCUAAAAAUAAAGAAAUAUAAUCUAUUAUAGAUGAAAUUAAGUAACUAAUUAAUAUAUUAUAAUAGAAUUUUUAUAUAACAUAGUUAAUAAGGUAGUGUUCUUACCAAAGAGACCAGCUCUGCUUUGAAGAUUGAGAAGGUUGAUAAUAAUAUUUAAUAAUUUGAUACUCAUUCUGAUGUUGAUAGUUAAUUUAGCAUUGAUCAAAUGUCUAAUUUUGAUGCUUUCUUUGAAGAAGAGAAUCCAGAUAAAAUAAUUAAGAAAUUCAAAAGACAAGUUAAAGAAAAACUUAAAUAAAGAAGAACUACAAUGAUGAGACAAUUUGUUUGA